UGUUUUUAAUUUCAUGGUCAACUCAUGAACAGAUCUUCCAGAGGAAUAAGUGGGAAUAAUACUGUAUUAUUGUCACCAUAAUGUUCAAUUAAAAUAAGCCCAUAACAACAGACCCACGGUUUUCAUUCCCUCCUAAAGCCUCACUCUUCCGUUAUUCCUCCUCGGACCAACGAUGGAUGAGAUGUACAGCCUACCACCGGCCUCCAAUUUCACGGCGGCGGAAGAACACCCUACUCUCAUCGCCGCCGCCGGCUACGGCGCCGUUGCGGCCGCAGAAGAAGAAAUGAAAACCAGAAUUGCUUCUCAUCCCCGCUAUCCCCAUCUACUCGAAGCCCAUCUACUCGAAGCCAACAUCGACUGCCAAAAGUUGGGAGCGCCGCCGGACAUAGUAUCGCUGCUCGAAGAUAUACGGCGGGAGAACGCCGGCGGCGAAAGGGGCGCCGCGUCCAGCCUUAUGUUGGGAUCGGAUCCCGAGCUGGAUGAGUUUAUGGAGAUGUACUGCGAUGUAUUGGUGAAGUAUAGGAGAGAUUUGGAGCGGCCGUUUGAUGAAGCUACUGCUUUUCUGAACACCAUGGAGAUUCAGCUUUCUGAUCUCUGUAAGCCGACUUGCAGAGCUGCGCUUGGCCCUUACGUCUCCGGUAAGCAAGCUGUUCUUUCUCUUUCUAUUUCUAU